AUGGAAUUUACACUGUUAUUCUCUCUUUUCUUUUUCACUUUAAAAGUACAAAAAGAUAGUAGUACUACUAUUGAAGAAGAUCGGAGUCAUGAUGUUGAUUCAUUGAAACAAAAACAGCAACAACAACAAGAUAAUCAACAUCAAUCUCAGACAUUGCAACAACAACAACAAAUAUUGCAACAAACAAAUAUACAAUUGAUUAAACAACAACAACAACAACAACAAACUAUAGCAACAGCAAUAGGAAAUGAUUCAAAGAAUAGAAUGGUGACAUCGUCAAUGUUUGAAGUUGAUCCAACGAUUAUACAAUUCAUACAGACAUCAAUUCAGCUAAUCUAUAAGAAUAGAUCUUCUUUCAAUGGAAAUCGUACAACCGAUUGCAAUGACAGUAAUAGUAGUAGUAAUAAUAAUAAUAAUAAUAUAACGUUAUCACAGUUGUUCAAUAAUGAUGUAGGAUUACCAAUCUCCAAGAAUAUCACACUCUCUGAUUUCCAAGUGAACCAAACUGAUAAAGAUAUAAACUUGGAACUCAAUGAAAUCAAUGAGAUCAAUCGUGAUUUAUUUCUCUGGUGUGAUCACUUGGAUUCCGCACCUUUGAAACUCGAUAUCUUUGAAUGCAGAAACGGCAACAACAGUAACUCCGAUGCCAAACAUAUACUACUGGAGAGAUGGAUAUUCAAUUUCAAACCGAAAAAAUUGGAUCCGAUGGAAGUAAAUGAACUGACAAUAUCUGAUGAAUUAAGUUCUUUAAUGCUACCAAGUAGCACUUCAAUACAAGAUAUAACAGAGAAUAAUCAAUUACAACAACAACAACAACAACAAUCAAGUAUAUCAUCAUUGAUAUCUCAUGAACCUUUGUUACAAUGUUUAUAUUUAAUACUACCAUCAAUGCCACUGUAUAAUCACUUGAAUAAUAUUUACAAAUCACCAACAUCCACACAACAACCUAAAGUAAAGUAUGGAGUUUCUAAACAGAUUCCACCACCUACAAAUUUUGAACCCACAGAAUAUCAACAUUUAAUUAAAUUAAACUUUCCAAUUUUCGAUACACCUAAAGGAACACUUUCACUCUCUGUACAUUUCUCUGGUAGAGUUGACUCAUUUAAUUUUGAUUCAAAUCUAUCAUCUUUAAUUAUAUAUCCAUCUAGGUCUUAUUCUAAUUUAACUUGUCACAGUUCUUCCCUUUCCGAAUCAAAUCUUAAUCAAAUACGAAAGUCAUCAAAUGAAGAAUAUAAUAUAUCUAAACUAUUACAACAGCAACAACAAAAGAAUAACAAUAAUAAUAACAAUCAAUCUUUAGUAAAUAAUAAUAAUAAUAGUAAUAGUAAUAGUAAAGCAAAUGGAAUAUCAACUAUCAAUCCAGUUACACCAUCAACAUCAUCACAAUCUACUUCACCAAGUUCAGCGCCAAUCUCCAUUCCUUCAAGAACAACACCAACUCUCUCGUCGAGUAGUAGUAGUAGUAGUUCCACAAAUACUACUCCACAAAAACAGCAACAACCGUCACUACAUCAUAACUCUUUUAAUCAAUCCGUUACACCUGGUAAAUCACCGUUUUCACUCUCUUUUGAAUCACCGUCCACGCCUACACUGUCACCCUAUCAUCGUUUCAGUCCAUUCUCACCAAACAGUCCCAAUAGUUUUUUAGGUCGCUCUGGCAGCACCAGUCUAGUCUCACCGCCAUCCUCUCCCAUAAGAGUUGGACAUCGUCCACUGUUUGUCGAUGGCACUCUUCUUGGCAGUAACCAUCACCCUGGUGCUUUCCAUCAGAAUGAAAUGCAUCCAAACAGUUUCAACAACAAUAAUAUCGCUAAUGGCGGUCUAUCAUUUGGAUCGUUCCAAGAAUCGAUUCUCAUUGGCAACAUGUCGAAUACACCUUCGACUGUAUUCGAUGGAUAUCUCGCCAACCUAGGUGUAAGUGGAAAAGACUACCUCCCGCCACACAAAAAGAUAUCGUUCUCCGCUGUCUACUACCACAUUGACCACGAUGCACCCUACGCCGCAUCAAUAGAGCUCAGUUCCAAGGGUUACAGAGUACCUCAGAAAGGCUUGAUCCAACUGACACUCUUCAACCCAAAUAACACCUCGAUCAAGACAUUCCUCGUUAAUUUCGAUCUCACCAACAUGCCAGCCGAAACAAAAACAUUCAUCAGACAAAGAAUCAUAUCAAUACCAAAUUCACCAAAUAACAAUAACAGCAACAAUAAUAACGAUAAGAUAAAAAAUAAUAAUAAUGAAGUAUUGAAAUACGCUAUUCAUCUUCGAUUUAUCAGUCCUAAAAAGAAAAAGUAUUACCUGUAUCGAAAUAUCCGUGUUGUCUUUCCCAAUCGAAUGCCAGAUGAAAUGGAACAACUAAAAGUAAUCUAUGAAUAUCCACCUUCACCUGAUACGAUGUUAAGUGUAUUCAAGAAAACAAACUACUUGACUGGAAGCGGUAAGAAUAUGUUGAAGUCAUACUUCCAUAGUUCUGCCGCUUCGUUCGGUGUGCAAUCACGUACCGGUGUCGAAACAGGUCCAUCACAAGGACAGUUCUCACGUGCCUAUCCGGUGAUCGAUCACACCUACGACGCACUCGUCAUUGGUGCCGGUGGUGCUGGUUUGCGUGCUGCCCUCGGUCUCACUGAGAAAGGUUUAAAGACCGCUUGUAUCUCAAAGUUAUUCCCAACUCGUUCACACACUGUCGCUGCACAAGGAGGUAUUAAUGCAGCACUUGGAAAUGCAGAUGUUGACGAUUGGAGAUGGCAUGCUUAUGAUACUGUUAAGGGUAGCGAUUGGCUCGGUGACCAAGAUGCCAUUCACUAUAUGUGUCGUGAAGCCGUACCAACAGUUUUGGAGUUGGAGCAAUAUGGUGUUCCAUUCUCACGUAUGGACGAUGGACGUAUCUAUCAACGUGCUUUCGGUGGUCAAUCAAAGAACUACGGUAAGGGUGGACAGGCCACACGUUGUUGUGCCGCUGCCGAUCGUACCGGUCACGCUUUGUUGCAUACACUGUACGGACAAUCGUUGAAGCACGACACCAAGUUCUUUAUCGAGUAUUUCGUCACUGAUUUGAUUAUGGAGGAUGGCGAGUGUCGUGGUGUCAUCGCCUACUGCAUGGAGGACGGAACCAUCCACAGAUUCCGUUCGCACGCAACCGUGUUGGCAACCGGUGGUUACGGUCGUGCCUACUUCUCGGCAACUUCCGCUCACACCUGCACCGGUGACGGUAACGCCAUGGUGAUCCGUGCCGGUUUGCCAUGUCAGGAUUUGGAGUUUGUUCAGUUCCAUCCAACCGGUAUCUACGGAUCCGGUUGUCUCAUUACUGAGGGUGCUCGUGGUGAGGGUGGAUAUUUGUUGAACUCUGAGGGUGAGCGUUUCAUGCCGAGAUAUGCUCCAUCCGUAGCGGACUUGGCGUCGCGUGACGUCGUGUCGCGUUCCAUCACCAUGGAGGUGCGUGAGGGUCGUGGUGUCGGUCCGGAGAAGGAUCACGCCUUGCUCAACUUGACCCAUUUGUCGCCAGAGAUCAUUGAAGAGCGUCUUCCAGGUAUCAGAGAGACCGCCAUGAUUUUCGCCGGUGUCGACAUCACCAAGGAGCCAAUCCCAAUCAUUCCAACCGUUCACUACAAUAUGGGUGGUAUUCCAACCAACUACAAGGGAGAGGUCGUCACCAAGAGUGCCGACGGCAAAGACCAUAUCGUGAAGGGUCUCUAUGCCGCCGGUGAAGCCGCCUGUGUAUCGGUGCACGGUGCCAACCGUCUCGGUGCCAACUCACUGCUGGACAUCGUCGUCUUUGGUCGUGCCUGCGCCAACACCAUCGCCGACACCCUGCCAAAGAACACUCCACACAAACCAUUGCCAAAGAAUGCCGGUGAGGAAUCGAUUGCCAACUUGGACAAGGUUCGUUUCGCCGACGGUUCACGUAGCACCGCCGAGUUGCGUUUGGAGAUGCAAAAGAUCAUGCAACGUAAUGCCGCCGUCUUCCGUGACGGUGACGUCUUGAAGGAGGGUGUCCAAAAGAUCGACCAAUUCGCCAAGUCACUCAAGAACGAUCUCAAGACCACCGAUCGUAACAUGAUCUGGAAUUCCGACUUGGUCGAGUCGUUGGAGCUUCAAAACCUCAUGACCCAAGCCGUUUUAACUAUGCACUCUGCUGAGGCCCGUAAAGAAUCUCGUGGUGCUCACGCCCGUGAAGAUUACAAAGAGAGAGACGAUAAGAACUGGAUGAAACACACUCUUUCCUAUUUGGACGUCGAUUCUGGAAAGGUUACUUUGGAUUACAGACCAGUCAUCAUGGAGACUUUGGAUGAGAAGGAAUUCCCAACCGUUCAAACCGCUAAAAGAGUUUACUAA